GAAGCUUUGGUACACGCGGACGUCAACGUUCCGACGCUCCGAGCGUCCUUGGACGAUGCCACUGCGCCGUCAAUCCCAUCACCGGUGAAGAUGCAAUUUAGUCCGCCGAAGCAGAGACCGCCCGACAUGCAGCAGGCACGCGCAGCGCCUCCGACGCCUGGUCCCAGCUCAACAAGAGCGGAGCCAAGCCAGGAGAAGGGAAUUUCAGGCGCCUUGCGGCGUGGCACGCCCGAAAAGCGAACCAACAAUCCAUGCCCAGCCACCCCGGUGUCAAGCACGCCGAGCCCAAAACGGGCGCAGCAGACGCCACCAACUCCAGCAAAAGUUGCCCAGCCCCGCCCAGCAUCUCCGUGCGUGCCAGUUGCAUCAGCGCCCUCAGCUUCGGCAGAGCCCCCUGCAGGGCUGGGUGUCGGCCCUGAUCCCAAACCCAAGAAGCCAACCGUGGAAGCGCGGCCGGUCAAGGACGGUCGUGCCCCGCCAGCUCGGGUGCCGCGCGGCCCCGAGCCGGCUUCAAAUCACUCAGCAGAGCAGU